AUGUUUGGCUCUUCCAUUUCUGGUAUUCUGCUACUGGCAUCGCUGGUGACAGUGCAAGCUGCACCCGAAACCAGCAGCCAUCGGUUUGAGAAGCGUGGUACCUUUGGUCCCAUCUCUACUGGAGCUCCCAAUCUUGCUGGAGGCAACGCUGUCUGUGAUGCUGCUCCUAUUUCCAGCUUCUUUGCUGGCAUGAAGCCUCCAUACCCUACCAACUCUUGGUGGGCUCCGUAUGCCACAUCCCCGGGCAACCAAACCGCGGCCGGUCCAUUCCCCUACGAAUCAUGGCUAGAGGGUAGCGGUGUCACAUUUGGUGUCAGCGCAAACCGACAAUUCGAUGGCACAUCCGUCAAGAACCCGUCGCAGACAGACUGGAGAGCCUCCUUCUCGGAGCACUCUGGUACCUUUGACAAGCACAAGGCCCUAGGCUGGGAUACCCAGACCGUCACAGUACAGUACUUUGAAGGCGCAUCAUCCAUGACGGCCUACCUGGUGCCAGGCUCCCCGUACAUGACAUUCAAGUACGACGGUGCCACGCCCGUCCUAACCUCCAAGAACGGCGACAUCAAGACGUUCAAUGGCAAGACCCUCAACACUGGCGACAGCACGUCUGCCACGGGCAAGUCCUUCACUGUUACCAACUCCAAGGGCGGGACGUAUAUCAUCUACGCUCUCUCUUCCAUCACUCUGACUGCGACGUCUGCCGGUACCAUCACUGCGAGCGGGAAAUACAAUGAUAUUUUACGACUGGCCAUGCUCAACAACCCCAGCCAUCAGGCUCUCUUGGACCAGUAUUCCUCCAUCUAUGCAACAGCCAUGGACAUGGACUAUUCAUUCACCGACUCCCAAGGCACCAUGUUCUUCAACUGGAAGACUGUCGGCGACGUCAAUAACCUGCUCAUGCUCACUUGGCCUCACCACCGCGCCUCACUGCAAAACCCCAACUACCCUGCCACCAGCUCUCUCAACUACCUCACCACCAAGGGCUGGAUGUACCCGGCACUGGGUAGCCAGUGGCGCUUGACGUACAAGCUUCCCGCAAUCACAUGGAACGCACCCCGAAAACUGGACAACUCUUGCUCGCAGUCUGUCAUUCGCGGCUUGGAGUAUGAAAUUGGUCAGCUCAACGCCUCUGAUCCUGCUGUCCCUGGUGACUUUUACUAUUGGGGUGGCACUAUGGCCGCCAAGGCACGCCUGGCUCUUAUUGCCGAGGAUGUCGGCCGAAACGAUCUUGUCAACCCCGUUGUCCAAUACCUCAAGGCGUCCUUUGCUGCCUGGUUCCAGUCUUCUGCGAAAACCCUCGCCGCCUAUGAGACCGGCUGGGGUGCCGUCAUCAACAAGGCCGGUGCUACCAAUACCUGGGUCGACUUUGGCAACGGCUACAUGAACGAUCACCACUUCCACUACGGCUACUUUUUGAACGUUGCUGCUGUCAUUGCAAAGUACGACCGUGACUGGCUCAACCAGCAUAAGGACUACAUCAACUUCUUUGCUCGUGAUAUUGUCAACCCUUCAUCUCAGGAUCCGUACUUCCCCGUCACCCGCUGCCGCGACUUUUUCGCCGGCCACAGCUGGGCAUCAGGCAUUGCCAACGGUGCCGGCUCUCGCGACCAAGAAAGCUCCGGUGAAGCCGUCAACGGAUACUACGGCGCUCUUCUCUGGGCUUCCGUAGCUCUUUCACAAGACCACGUCAACUACGCCAAACUCAUGCUUGCCACGGAACAGCAAGCCGCCCAGGUCUACUGGCACCUCUAUCCUCAGCAAGGCGAGAACGAUCGCGACAACCCCUACCCCGAGGCUGGUGUCCGCAAGCUCGUGUCCAUGGGCAAUGUCAUGGACUUCCAGUCUGGAGCAUGGCUCUUCUGGGGUGCUCAGCGCGUACAAAUCUCCGGCAUCCAAGUCCUCCCUGUUACUCCUGUCAACGAAGUGCUCUACGAUAAGCUGUGGGUGGACAACAUGUGGGACUACGCCAUGCCCGAGCUUGUUGACCCGUCCAUUGGCGACGACUUCAAGUGUGUCAUUAUUGCGGCUUAUGCCAACAGCAAUCCCCAAGUUGCCGCUGAGUGGUCCUCCAAGCUCACCAGCUGGGGCUCGGGCAAUACUUACACCAACGAGCUCUACUUUAUCGGCACGCGCCCGAAUCCUAGCGGACAGGCCAUCUGCGGCAAGCUCCCUGAGAACCCGUACGGCAAGUUUAAGCUGCAAGUGGCGUCUUCGGGUAAAUACGUUGCGGCGUCUAGCGGCAACUCUAAGCUUGUCGCUUCAGGCAACGAUGCUGGAUCAGGAGCCGUCUUCAACAGCCAGUAUGUCCCCAACGCGGGCACGCUGCAGCUCGACAGCACCAAGCAGUACGUCACGGCCGACCAAGGCGGCAAGUUGACACUGGAUGCUGCGCGUGCCACAGCGGGCGCGUGGGAAAAGUUCACCAUCCGUCCAAAGAUUGGUGCUCCCGACGGCGUCUACUCCAUCAAGGCGUCGAGUAACGGCCAGUAUAUCACAGUCGGCGGCGAUGGAGGUCUGGUGAACAAUGGCGCCAAGGAGAGCGACAGUGCGGGAUUCAAGUUUGUAGCAUAA